CGCAGGAACUGUCAGCAUCGGCGUCGUAUUGCGCGCGCGCGCGCGCACCUUCCAGCAGCAGUGCGGUUGAUGCGUGCGCGCGAUGUCCGUAGACAUGUACGCGCUCUCUCGCACACACAUACCCAUACGCGCGCAUACAUACGCUUUGCGGCACGACACGGCUUCGCUCCGCUAUUGCGAGGUGCUUCCCUUCGUCUUAUCUGGUUUUCGCGUAGUGCGUAGCGUAGCGUCGCGCGUAACCAGGUAGGUAGGUACGUAGGUAAAUAUGCCGGGGAACGGCGGCGGUGCGCGCGUGAGCGCGUCGCCGGCGGCGCGCGUGGUUGCGAUGCCGCCGCCGGCGCACUACCUGCACGAGCUGCCGGCCCAGGACGAGGAACGGUUGGAGCGGCUGUUCCAGACGCUCGACCUCGACGGCAACGGUCGCAUCGACGUGCUCGAUUUGUCCCGAGCGCUACGCGAGGUCGGCGUACACACGCAAUAUGCCCAGAAAUUUCUGGCCAGCUCAGACAGUACUAAAAGCGGCGAUAUCAGUUUGGCCGAAUUCAUACACUAUGUACGUGAACAUGAGAAGAAUCUACGAUUGCAGUUUUCUCAUCUCGAUAAAAAUAAAGAUGGCAAGAUAGAUUUGGAAGAAUUGAUAAGAGCUUUCAAAGAUCUAGGGAUAGAAAUUGCACGAGAGGAAGCAACAAAAUUAUUGCAACGCAUGGACCAAGAUGGAAGUCUUAAAAUCAGUUUUGAUGAAUGGCGGGACUUCCUCCUCUAUGCACCAAGCACUACCUUGCUCGACAUCAUUGAAUAUUGGCAUCACACCACGUAUAUGGACAUUGGAGAGGACAUCGGCGUCCCCGAAGAGUUCACAAAAGGCGAAAUGGUAUCGGGGAUGUGGUGGCGGCAUUUAUUAUCCGGCGGGAUAGCUGGUGCAGUAUCACGUACCUGCACCGCUCCCCUUGACCGCAUCAAGGUCUACUUGCAGGUCCACGGCACACGACACUGCAAUAUCAUGAGUUGCUUCAGGUACAUGUUGCGCGAGGGUGGCAUUAGCAGCUUGUGGCGUGGCAAUGGCAUUAACGUGCUCAAGAUUGGUCCGGAGACGGCACUCAAGUUUAUGGCGUACGAGCAAGUGAAGCGAGCUAUCAAGGCGGACAACGAGGCGCGUGAACUCAGACUCUAUGAGAGAUUUUGCGCUGGCUCAAUGGCUGGCGGUAUCAGCCAAUCGGCCAUCUACCCUCUCGAGGUACUGAAAACGAGACUCGCGCUGCGAAAAACGGGCGAGUUUAACGGUAUGGUAGAUGCGGCUAAAAAAAUAUAUAAACAAGGUGGCUUAAAAUCCUUCUACAGAGGCUAUGUACCCAAUUUGAUAGGAAUACUUCCAUAUGCCGGCAUCGAUUUAGCCGUCUACGAAACCCUGAAAAAUAAUUACCUACGUACACACGAUAAGAAAGAACAACCGGCGUUUUGGGUUCUGUUGUUGUGUGGCACAGCGUCGAGUACAGCAGGCCAGGUGUGUUCAUAUCCGUUGGCACUGGUACGAACGCGGUUGCAAGCCGAAAUUGCGCCAGAUCGUUUGCCCAAUACCAUGACGGGUGUUUUUAAAGACAUUCUGAACCGUGAAGGAAUACGCGGCCUGUAUCGCGGCCUCACACCCAACUUUCUUAAGGUUGCACCUGCAGUGUCUAUUAGCUAUGUAGUAUAUGAGCAUUUUCGGCAGGCACUAGGCGUGAACAUGACGUGAUGAAUAUGCAUACUAGGAUUAAUUUAAUUAAUUAACUUAUUCUCUCUUUUUUCUUCUCUCUCUCUCUCUCUCUUCUCUUUUUGUUAGACAUAAAUAAUCAUCGACAGACGAAUAUAUGGCCGUUUGAUUAAACAUGUUCGUUCUAUCUUUUUCGUUUUAUC